GGAAGAAACAGGGAAGUGCAGUUAGCAAACAGCAGGCAAAGUACAAGCUAACCUGCAGCAGUGGAUGUCGGUCUGUUCACCCUGACACUGUUUGUUCAGCUAACGUUUCUGUAAAAUGCCUGAGAGACAGAGACCAAGGAUUCAAGCCAUUAACACCAGUGCUAGUGAUGGACUGGAGGGGUUCAAGGCACACGCAGUGUUCCAGGAAAUCAACAAGAAGCUUCAGGAGGAGGGGGAGCAGUUUGUGAAGAAGAUCGGGGGAGUGUUUGCCUUUAAAGUGAAGGACGGCCCGAACGGACAGGAGGCAACUUGGUUUGUGGAUGUGAAGAACGGUAAAGGCUGUGUUCACAAUGACACAGCUAAGAAAGCAGACUGCACCAUUUCCAUGUCGGACACAGAUCUGCUGGCCUUGAUGACGGGGAAGAUGAACCCACAGACUGCGUUUUUCCAGGGAAAGCUGAAGAUCACAGGGAACAUGGGACUGGCCAUGAAGCUUCAGAGCCUGCAGCUGCAGCCGGGCAAAGCCAAGCUGUAGAUGAGACGUCGGAGCUAGCUGUACCUGUACCUCUCAGUUUAACAGCAGCUGUGCUUUCACGUCAGUGUUACAGGGUCGUACACCUUCCCAUCACUGGACUGAACCACUUUUCCUACUAGUGACCUCACUGACCGACCAAGGGAUUAGUCAGCAGCCCCACUAAUGUAACUGGAGAAUAAGAUAAAUGGAUAAUUAAGUCUCUAAUCAAGUCCCUGCCUGCCCUCUGGUGAUAAUACUCUCAGUACACUACAGCAGAGACAGGUGCUCCUACUCUGUGAUGCUAAAUCAGUUUAUGUCCAGUUUUCAAUACGUUUCCAAAAUCUCCUGCUAAUGAAAUAGUUGAAUGUGUUGUCUGUGGAAAUAUUGUAGCAGAGCUGACGGACCCUGGACACAGCAGUCGAAGUGCCUCCUUUCACCCAACAGCACAGACACGUUGUCCACUGUGAGCCAGUGCUUCAGUGGAGUGAGCUGUAGUUUGUUGUGAAUCUAUAAAACAUUUCUACUAAAUAAAUUUGUGCUGCGACAUCGA